AUGUCGAAAGAAACCGCCCGACGAUGGCAUCACUGGUUCUCACCAGAGGACUCAGCAGAGGAGAGAAAGCUGAUUGUAAAGUUGGAUCUCCUGAUUGUCCCAUAUGCCUUCAUUCUCUACUGGGUGAAGUACAUGGACCAGACCAACAUCAACAAUGCAUACGUAUCCGGCAUGUCAGAUGAACUCGGCUUCCAUGGAAACGAGUUGGUUCAGUUCCAGACCAUCUUCGUGGUAGGCAACGUCGUCGGUCUACUGCCUUUCAUGUAUCUCUUCCCUCGGGUCCCAAUGCACAUCCUCGUGCCGACGCUGGAUCUGGGCUGGGGUCUCUUCACCCUUCUGCAGUACCGCGCCCAGAGCUUCGCCGAAAUCAUGGCAUACCGCUUCAUGGUCGCCAUAUUCGAAGCCUCCUACUUCCCGGGGGUCCACUUCGUCCUCGGGUCCUGGUACCGCAGCGACGAGAUCGGCCGUCGCGGCGGCGCCUUCUACAUCGGCCUGACCCUGGGCUCCCUCACGGCAUCUCUGCUCCAAGGCGCCGCGACGACCUAUCUCGACGGCGUCCACGGCCUGCCGGGGUGGCGCUGGCUCUUCAUCAUCAACGCCAUCAUCACCCUGCCCCUCGCCUUCAUCGGCUACUUCGUCUGGCCCGGCACCCCGGCCAAGCCCAACCGGCUGAUCAUGAAAAAUUCGGAGCUGGACCUGGCGCGCGCGCGUCUGGAGAAGGCGGGCAACUCGGUCAGGAGCACGCCGUUCUCGCUCGCGCUGCUGAAGCGCGUCUUCACCAACUGGCGCUUCUACCUGCUCAUCGUGUGGGACAUCUUCUUCUUCAACACCAGCUCCAACAGCGCCGCCUUCCUGCUGUGGAUCAAGAGCCUCGGGAGGUACAGCACGGCCGAGAUGAACAACCUGAACGCGCUGAGUCCGGGGCUGGGCAUCUUCUUCGUGCUGUUUAUCAACUUCAGCGCGGACCUGUGGAUCGGGAGGCCGGCGGCCAUCACGCUUGCGUCGGCGGUCAACUUCACGGGGCUCGUCAUCCUGGCGGUGUGGGAUGUGCCGGAGGCGGCGAAGUGGUUCGCGUUCAGCACGUCGUACUCGGCUGUGGCGGUGUCUUCGGUGCUCUACGGGUGGGCGAACGUUAUUCUGAGGAAUAACAUCGAGGAGAGGGCGUUGACUCUGAUCUUGAUGACGGCCAUCGCGACUUCGACGAAUGCCUGGAUCCCGCUUUUCGUUUAUCCGACUGUCGAAGCGCCCAGGUUUCCCAAGGGUUAUGUCUAUUCUGCCGUCAUGGUGGUUUGUCUUGUUAUCACGACGCAGAUUGUAAGGAUACUACUGGGAACACAAGGAGAGAAACGGCAACGCAAGUCUGAUGGAUCGUCAUUGACUGAUGCAGGCACUUCGGAAUCUGGCGAAGAAGGAAGCAACGAUCAGAAGACAGUGGUGCCGCGUAUCACCGCGGUCUGA